UGGUUGUACAAGCGACCCUUUUAAAGCGUUCCAUAAUGCAAUACCGCCUAACUUCACCUAAUCUGUAAGGGAGGAGUGCGUUUGCAUGUGCCAGGGUCAUGCAUUUGUAGAUGUGAACUUUGCAAAUCGUUUUUUUAAACACAGAACCACCGAAAAGUAUCCAAACAAUGGCAAUCCUGAAUCAUUUUACGACAGCGUGUUGGAAGAAUCUUCAAGGCGACCGGAUGAAUAAGCAGCUGUUCUUCCUUUUACGCGCCUUGCACAAGUCAGCAGCGAGCGAGGCUUCAGGAAUCUCCGCAGCUGGAGAAGAGGCCAUGCCAGACAGACUGAUCACACCGGUGGCGGAUGUUGGCGAGAAAACCAGAAUCAUGACCCUGAAGGAGAUGCCUGGACCCAGCACCUUAUCCAACUUGGUCGAGUUCAUCUGGAGAGACGGGUUUAGCAGAAUUCAUGAAAUUCAGAUGGAGCACAGGAAGAAGUUUGGCAAAAUUUUCAAAUCCCGUUUUGGGCCCCAGCUGGUGGUCUCAGUGGCCGACCGUGACUUGGUAGCGGAGGUGCUGAGAGCUGAGGGGGUGGCCCCUCAGAGAGCAAACAUGGAGUCCUGGAAGGAGUACAGAGACAUGAUAGGCAGUUCCACUGGCCUCAUCUCAGCUGAGGGAGAAGAUUGGCUGAAGAUGCGGAGCGUGCUCAGGCAGCUCAUCAUGCGUCCCCGUGAUGUAGCAGUCUUUUCUGAUGACGUGAACAAAGUGGUAGAUGACCUCAUCAAGAGAGUUUGUAUUCUGCGCACCCAGGAGCCUGAUGGAGCAACUGUCCACAAUGUGAAUGACCUCUUCUUCAACUAUGCCAUGGAAGGUGUGGCAGCCAUUUUGUACGAGUCCCGAUUAGGCUGUUUGGAAAAUGAGAUUCCCCAGCAAACCCAAGACUACAUCGGUGCUCUGCACCUCAUGUUCAGCUCCUUCAAGACAACCAUGUAUGCCGGGGCCAUCCCCAAGUGGCUCCGACCUGUCAUCCCCAAACCAUGGGAGGAGUUCUGUCUCUCCUGGGAUGGCCUCUUCAAAUUCAGCCGUCUUCACGUUGAUAAGAGGCUUGCAGAGAUCGAGGCACAGCUGGAGCGGGGAGAGGACGUGAAGGGGGGACUGCUCACACACUUGCUCAUUAACAAGGAGAUGACCAUGGAGGAGAUCUACGCCAAUUUAACGGAGAUGCUACUGGCUGGGGUCGACACGACAUCCUUCACCCUGUCCUGGGCCAGCUACCUGUUGGCACGGCACCCUCAUGUACAGCAGCAAAUCUUUAUGGAAGUGAAGAGGACUCUGGGACCAGGAGCAGUAGCCACAGCCGACGAUGUCCCUCGUCUGCCUCUCAUCAGAGGGCUGGUCAAAGAGACACUCAGACUUUUUCCAGUUCUCCCUGGCAACGGAAGGAUUACCCAGGAUGACUUGGUGGUGGGCGGAUACUUCAUCCCUAAAGGGACUCAGUUGGCCCUUUGUCACUACUCCACAUCUUUCGAGGAAGAGAACUUUGCUGAUGCUUCAGACUUCCGACCGGAUCGCUGGAUACGGAAAGAUUCCACGGAUCGUGUCGACAACUUUGGCUCGAUUCCCUUUGGCUACGGCAUCAGGAGCUGCAUUGGCAAGAGAGUAGCAGAGUUAGAGAUGCAUCUAGCUCUCACACGGCUCAUUCAAAAGUUCCACAUCUGCAUGUCUCCUCGCACCGCUGAUGUCAAGGCCAAAACCCACGGCCUGCUGUGCCCUGCUGCCCCCAUCCACCUGCAGUUCAUCGACCGGGAGAUCUAGACUCGGACUCCAUAAGUUCUACUCCACUGUAGUUUUACUUUAAAGCACUGAUUCAUUAUUGUUUUUUUUGUUUUUAAGCUUUUAGUACACCUUCCAUUGUUAGAUUGUAGAUACCAAUCUGAGAUUGAGGUUUUACUCAGGCAAAGUGUCUCAAUGUCUCCUGUUUGUUAGUGAGGAGGACACAAAGACAGUACUGGACCAGUAAUGUAAAGAUAGAAGCCGUUUGAAGUAUAUUAUUUGAAUGUAAUGAAAAUCACUUCAGUUUGGCCUUUUACUCCUUCCAUGUAUUCUAUUCAAAAUAGUGAGUGGGAAAAUUAACUAUAAUCUUUAAACUUAAACUGUAUUUUGGUUAUAUUAAUGUGCAUACGUGUAUGUAAUGUGUGCACAAGUGUUAAUUCAUAAUCACGCGGUUUCCUUCCUAAGUUUGAGAAAGCAAUUCACUAAGAAUGUUGAAGGGUAUGAAUGUACUGAAAAUCAGCUGUUUUAAGAGGUACAGUAUGUAUAUAACGGGCUUUGUUUUAAGAUGUGUGAAUACAAGCAUUUUACCAGCAUUGUGGAUAUUUAGAUUUUAUUGAGAUGGAUAACGUAAUGUUACUGACCAGUUUUUGCACGAGGAAAGAGACAAGUUGUUGGAUUGUGCUAUUAUGAAGGAUCACACUGGUUUGAAUGGAAGGAAAUGGAAGCUUUUACAUCUUUAUAUUUAUCUGCUCUUGCAUCUUUCACUAUCCUUUUUUACUGCAACAAUAAAAAUGAUCUGAAUAUUAUUUUAAA